AUGUUCUUAGGGCCAUCAAACAGUGAAGGUGCAGGCAAAGUCAGCCUCUUGAAGAAAGUACCAGCACUGAAGGAUGGAGACUUCACCCUUGCAGAAUGCACGGCCAUUCUGCUGUACCUGAGCCGCAAGUACAACACUCCUGACCACUGGUACCCCUCAGACAUCCAGAAACGGGCCCGGGUCGAUGAGUACCUCUCCUGGCACCACGCUAACAUCAGGGCUAAUGCUCCUAAGACCAUGUGGAUCAAGGUAUUGAUUCCCCUCUUCACAGGGCAGCCGCUGCCCUCGGAGAAGCUCCAGGAGGUUAUGGAGGGGCUGUCCACUUCCCUGAAGCAAUUUGAGGAGAGGUUUCUGCAGGACAAGGCUUUUAUCAUUGGGAGUGAGAUCUCCCUGGCAGAUCUUGUGGCCAUUGUGGAACUGAUGCAACCUGUUGGAGUUGGUUGUGACAUCUUUGAAGACAGACCCAGGCUGAGGGAGUGGCGCAGGCGGGUGGAGGAUGCUGUGGGGAAAGAGCUUUUUUUCCAAGCCCAUGAGAUGAUCCUGAAUAUCAAAGAACUGAGCAAUAUUCAAAUUGAUCCGCAGCUGAAAGAGCAACUGGCGCCUGUGUUGAUGAAGAUGUUGAAAUGAAUUAACCUAUCUUAGCA